CUCCUCUAUUGACUUACCUGACCGCCAGGGAGCCACCAUGGUGGUGGGGGGUGAUGGACGCUUUUUCAACAGACCUGUUAUAGAAGUCAUCGCUCAGAUGGCAGCCGCCAAUGGGCAUCCCAACUAGGGAGUUCCAGACCGUCUUCUCCCCGGCCACCUCCACCAGCUCCUCCGGUAGGACCCCAAGGUGUUCUCGUGCCAGUUCAAAGACGUACUUUCUCCAACGUGUCCUGGGUCGACCAGUGGGCCUCCUGCCGGCAGGACAUAACUGAAACACCUCCCUAAGGAGGCGUCCAAGAGGCAAGCUAACAAGAUGCCCAAACCACCUCAACUGACUCCUCUCGAUAUGGAGAAGCAGCAGCUCUACUCCGAGACUCUUCCGAAUGUCCGAGCUCCUCACCCUAUCCCUAAGGCUGAGCCCGGCCACACUGCAAACUGGCAGACGCUGCCCCAAUCAGCUUCAUGAGCUGGAAGCAGCUCUAACGUUUCUGUUCUUCCUGUUACUCUUUGCACUUCUUUUAUCCUAAAAAUUAAAAUGUAGACCAUUUGUUUAGGCAAGAUUACAGAGAUGAUGUUGGGGUUUAGGAAGUAGCUAUGCUAUUAUUAUCAUCAUCAUUAUUAUUAUUAUUAUUAUUAUUAUAUAAUUAAGGACAGGUCGAUUGUUGGUAAUCAAUGUGCUUAUCUUAAUACUCCGCAUCAUUUAAAGGUCGAGUUAAGUCGUUUCUGACUGAAAUGGACUAAGCACCCUUAAAGCAUAUUUUACAUAUUUACUAUAUUAACUACAUCAAAAAUGGUUUGGAAACCAUUCAUUUAAAUAGUAAUCAGCUAACAAUUAUAUACAAGUUCUGAUACAAAACUAACACACAGAAAAUAAAUGAAUCUUAUGUCAAAUAUAUUUUUAAUUCAGUUCAAACAUCGGAUGACUCUGAAAUUAUAACAAACAACUUUAGCGGCACCGCGGGGCGUGACGAUAGGAUGUGUGUGAUUAGCUUCAACUAUGAAUUGAGAUUUAGACUUUCAUUUAUUUUUUAUUUAACUUAAUAAUAUUUUUCUUUACCAAGCUGUGAUUUAAAAGCAAAUGUGAGAAUUGAGAGAAUGGUAAUGAAUAAAUUCAGAAGAUAAACGUUUAACAGAAGGAAACAGAGUUUGUUAGAUGAGAUGAAAACUGUUGUUUUCACCUGGAAACGGCUCGAUUUGAUUUCUGCUGUCAUCGGUAAGAAGAUCGGUCUGUUUUCUGCCAUAACCUUUAGAGUCUGGUGCUUUCUUGGUAAAAUGAGUUAUUAAUAGAACACACUUGUUCACGCGGUGCUGCUCCUGCUCUCACUGAGCAGAACUAAUGGAUGUUCUGGGACCCGCUCUCCUCGGCCAACUCAAACACACCUGUGUGACAUUUCUGCAGAUUGGUCGCCUGGUCAUUGGACACCACGGGAUCAUGUCGACUCCAGCCAUCUCCUGUUUGAUCAGGAAACACAAAGCCAUCGGUGGCAUCGUCCUCACAGCCAGCCACAAUCCCGGUGGACCUGAUGGAGUCUUUGGCAUUAAGUUUAAUACAGCAAAUGGAGGACCUGCCACAGAGGCCGUGACAAACAAGAUCUUUCAGAUCAGCAGGACCAUUGAAGAGUGCGCUUUUUGCCCCGGACUGCGUGUAGAUCUAAAAUCUCUGGGAAAACAAGCCUUUGAUCUGGAGAACAAGUUCAAGCCUUUCACAGUGGAAAUCGUGGACCCCGUGGAGUCCUAUGCUAACCUGCUGAGGAAUAUCUUUGACUUUGCUGCUUUGAAGGAGCUUCUGUCGGGCCAGAACCACAUAAGCAUCAGACUGGAUGCCAUGCACGGUGUGGUUGGACCGUAUGUGAAGAGGAUCCUGUGUGAGGAGUUGGGCUGUCCUGCCAAUUCUGCAAUUAACUGUGUCCCUUUGGAAGACUUUGGGGGUCAGCAGCCUGAUCCUCACCUCAUGUACGCUACAGAUCUGGUUGACAGCAUGACAGACGGACAGUAUGAUUUUGGUGCAGCAUUUGAUGGGGAUGGGGACCGGAACAUGAUUCUGGGUAAACGGGGUUUCUUUGUGACCCCGUCUGACUCUGUGGCUGUGAUCGCUGACAACAUCUUCUGCAUCCCGUACUUUCAGCGCACGGGUGUGAGAGGUUUUGCUCGCAGCAUGCCCACGAGCACCGCGUUAGACAGAGUAGCCAAGGCUACAAAAAUAGAGCUAUACGAGACUCCCACUGGGUGGAAGUUCUUUGGAACCCUGAUGGAUGCGGGCAUGUUGUCUCUGUGUGGAGAGGAGAGCUUUGGAACCGGUGGAGACCACAUACGGGAGAAGGAUGGGCUUUGGGCCGUGCUGGCAUGGCUGUCCAUCCUCUCCACCAGAAGGCAGAGCGUAGAAGAUGUUUUGAAGGACCACUGGUUAAAGUACGGAAGGAACUACUUCACCAGAUAUGACUACGAGAAUGUAGACAUUGAUGCAGCGUGUGACAUGAUGGAGGAUCUGGAGAUUUUAAUCACAGAUAAGUCCUUUGUGAAGCAGAGAUUUGCUGUAGAAGACAAAAUCUUCCAGGUUGAAAAAGCAGACAACUUUGAGUACACGGACCCUGUGGACAGCACCAUCUCCAGGAGCCAGGGGCUGCGGAUAAUUUUCUCUGAUGGAUCUCGAAUCAUCUACAGACUCAGUGGGACGGGAACUGAUGGAGCGACAGUCCGGAUCUACAUCGACAGCUUUGAGAAGGAACUAAUUUUUGAGGACACGCAGGUGAUGCUGGCGCCCCUCGCAACUAUCGCCCUAAAGAUUUCUCAGCUUCAUCACAGGACGGGUCGAAGAGGUCCAUCUGUCAUCACAUGAGUCCCCCUCCACCUGUUUUCUUCAUCACUUUAUACCUUUUGUUGUUCUUCGAUUUGUUCGUUUGUGUUGACAGUAUACCUGUGUGUGGCUGUGGUGUGUAACUUGGUGAAUCAGAAUGCAAUAUGUAACUUAAUAAACUGUUUUAUUUAAU